GGUCAGUCUGUUUUUGCACAACACGAGGGCAACACGUACAUAGAUAGGUCGCGAGUGGCUAUAAACAGUAAGCGGCUGAAAGCGAAUUGAAAAGCAAAAGUGAGCAAGGAAAGAAGAAUAACAAAAACAACAACGCAAUGGAGUUUAACAAUCGUUUGCUGCUGAAGAUCAUUGAGUUGGCCAUUGCCAUUGCCUGUGUGGUGCUCUACGAGACGGUUGGCGACAUGAGCAAGCGUCCAUUGAUCGUCUGCGGAACCAUCGGAGGUUACACCGUCAUCUGUGGCAUUCUCCUAAUCGGACACGUGCUGGGAUCGGUAAUUGAGAAGCGUUUGAAUGCGUUAAUCUCGCUGAUCGGUUGCGUGCUGUUUGUGGCAUCGGGGGCACUUGUUAUUGACGAGUGGCACGAUACGCAUGCCUACUAUGGUGAUCGCAAGCGUUAUUCGAUCGCAGCCGGCUCCCUCAUGAUCAUCAAUGGCGCCGUCUUUCUGCUCGAUACGCUCUCCAUCUGCAGAACGUAAGGCCCGAAAAUAACAACAGCAAAAAGAAGAUCAACAGAGCUGCUUGUUUUUUUUUUUAUACUAUACAAAAUUCUCAUGGCUUCUGUGUUUGGGGUCAUCGCGCGGAAUAUGAAUCUGAUGUAAACUCUACGAUUAUCAUAUUAUAUACUAUAUACAAAAACACACUCACAUAUUUACACUUACUAUAUGUAAUACUUUUUUUUUAUAUAUCUACUAUGUGUAGCACUUAAGUGAAACUCUAAUUCGCACAAAAAACAAAACAGCGUUUGCUAAACAUUUACGAUGAAAUUGUUCACAGGAAUCCAUGAAAACAAAUAUAUAUACUAUAUCUAUGCUA